AUGGACGUGACCACCUACAUAACACCGCCCGGAUUCCAUUUGCUGGAUGCGGCCGGUACGCUGCUUGAUGGCCUGGCAGAGUCUUUCUCGAGUCUUGCCGAUGCACAGGACAUUUCGGGCAGUCGGAGAGCGGCUGCUUUCCUGUUUUCUGUUGCAGAGCGUGCUUUGAUGACCGCAAAGUGCACCGACGACCUUUUAGAUGCAGAACAUGCUGCCGCUGAAUCCUGUCUGUUAUUCAACGUGUCUGGAGACGUUUUGUCUGCAGCUUUUAGUGCAAGGCUUUUUGUACAUGCACUGCGAGCGCAAGCCUUUGCGCAGCCCUGCGGUCGUGUCGGUCUUGAGGGAGGCUGCCGCGAGCAUUUUUUAGACAUCGCCACAGAGUUUGUGGACGAAGAAAUUGCACGUGCCGAGCUUCACGGCAACGACAUUCCCAAAAUGGUGCUUUCGUUGUCUCGGGCAGAGAUCCUGUGUGAUAGAAGGCAGUCUCUUGCGGGUGCUCUACAGGCUGGUGAGGAGGCUAGACGACUCUUCCGAAGAAGAGGCGAGGACACAGGGCUGGCUUUGACCUGUGUCUUCCUCGCAUGUGUGCAUUUGAAGCGACACGAGAUCCACUUGGGGAAGUCGCUUGGUCUUGAAGCACUGCGGAUGUUUCGUGCACUGGGAAGCCGGCAUGGUGAGUGCAACUCUCUCUUCAUUCUGGCGGCUGCAGCGCAGCUUCAGCGAAAGCACUUCGAAGUUAUUUCAAUCGUCAAAGAGGCCUUGCCCUUGGCUCAGGAGGCAGGAGAUUCGAGGCUUCUUUCUGCACUGCUGUACCUGCUGGCUUUGAGUUCUCACGAGAAAGGAGGCAGACCACGGGAUGCUGCAGCUGCUGCAGCAGAGGCUUGCUCCCUAUUUCUGGAACAUGGAUGCUGGCAUGGAUGGGCCGAGUACAGCUUGGCUGUUCAAGUCAGAGCCCUUUUGUCGGAAAGCUCCCGCCAGACGGCGCUAGAGGCUGUGCGCGAGCAUGCUAAGAACUGCAGAAGAAUGGGAGCCCUACGACCCUGUCUCAUCGUGCGCGACAUCAUGCUGGAAACUCUUCGUGAGAUGAUGUCGGAAGCGGAUCGUGCGAAGGCGCAGAUCAUCGCCGACAAGACGCUCACCUCCCUUCGGGCUUUGUGUGCGGCAGAAUGGCUGGGCAGAGAACUCCAGCUCGUUUCCAGCCUGCACUUGGCUCGGAAAACCAGGAAGCAAGUGGAAUCCGCUCGCGAUUGGGCAGAGCAGGCGAGACGGCAGCUGCGAAUUUUGGGUGACAAGUAUCUUGAAGCAGAGUGCCUACCCUCCUUGGCAACGUGCUUCAUCCACUUGGGGGAUGACAGCAAGGCUGCCGAAAUCCUCAAGGACCGGCGCCAACUGUUUCGAGAUGUGGGUGCCAGAAGCCGUGAAGCACAGGCCAUGCUGGAGCUCGCUGAGGUUCUGACGCGCGAGCAGCUCGUUCGUGUCGAUAGCCGCGCUCGUCGAUUCAACCGGGAUGCGUUCCAAUUGGCAAAUGAUGCGAUGACCGCAUUCAGUGACGUUGGGGAUGAGAUUGGAAUGGCGAGUGCUCAUCUGGCGUUGUCCGACAUCUACCUUUCACGACAAGAGCCGGAAGAGGCGGAAGCGGAAGCUCGCAAGGGCGAGCAGAUGUUCCGGCAAGCUGGUGAGCCGAAGCAGGUCGCCAAGGCUGUGAAAAAGGUGGGAAACUCCUGCUGCGAGCAGGACAAGCCCGAGGAGGCUGCAAGAAAUGCGAGCGAAGCAGUUGUCUUUUGCAAGAAGGCUGGCGACAGAUAUGCGCUGACGGAGAUGUUCAGCUGGGAAGCUCAGAUGCAGGCGCAAGUCGUUGGUAAGCUGCUGGAAGGAUUGCAGGAGAAGGAGGCUCAGAAGAUUGUUUUCCGGAGCUUGAGCAAGGUCAUGACUCCUGCGAAAGACGGUGUUCUCUUGGCUCGCAGGCUGCAGGACAAGGCAGUCAUUGCGAAGAGCCUCUUCGUGGUCGCCGAGGUCGAAGCGAGCGUGGGCAAGUGGGACCAGGCGCUGGCUGCCACAGCCGAGGCUGCUUCGCUCAGCGAGCGGAUUGGGGACAAGACCACAGGGGCGAAAGCUUUGUCCCUCAGCUCGGAGCUGCACUUCAGGAAGAAGGAGCCGGCGGCUGCCCGAGAUGAGGCCGAAAAAGCCUACAAGCUGGCGAAAGACUCCAUCAGCUCGGAUGCAAAGAGGGCGGCUGAAAAGGCCAUCCGUCGUGUCGGCAUUAGCCCACAGUACGACGAGGAGUAG